UACGUCAUAUUGUGUACACGUGAUGUAAACAAGACCCAUGUUGUGUUGUGAUUAUGUUUUGUCCUGCUUAUUAAACUACUAUGGGUUAUGAAGUUCUUUUAUAUAUACCAAACAUUGUCGGCUAUGUGAGACUAGUGUUGUUGGCAAUAUCAUGGACAUAUUUUAACAAACCUGAAGUCUUCUUACCUGUUUAUGUAAGCUCUGUUAUUUUAGAUGGAAUUGAUGGAAUACUUGCAAGGCAACUUGAUCAGAGUUCUGUUUUUGGAGCAUGGGUGAGUUUCAGAAAUGCAGGCAUUUUAUGCAAAUUUUUAUGUAUACUUCAGUGCAUUUAUAUCAUUCCAGGCUAUGUGAGACUAGUGUUGUUGGCAAUAUCAUGGACAUAUUUUAACAGACCUGAAGUCUUCUUACCUGUUUAUGUAAGCUCUGUUAUUUUAGAUGGAAUUGAUGGAAUACUUGCAAGGCAACUUGAUCAGAGUUCUGUUUUUGGAGCAUGGUUAGACGUGGCCAUUGACUUGAUUGGCAGGGGGAUGCUAUGGUGUACUUUAUUUAAUUGGGGUUAUUUCGUAAUAGCCUUGGAAUGGCUAGUAUUUGUAGGGAGUCAUGCACAAGCUGGAGCAACUUGGAAGGUUACCCCUAUUACAGCACCUUGGCUUGUGCAGAAAGUUAUGGAGAAAAAUUUCAAGACAUUCCUGGGUACUGUGGUAAUCCUUGGCGUCCAUAUCUUACCUGUGUGGUUAUAUGGGAUCCAGCACCAAGCUUUAGUACCUCUCCUGCCUACUGUGGUACAACAAAUAACUGUGAUCUCUCUGAUGCUGGGGAGGUUUCUGGCACUGUACUGUGAGCUGUGGUAUGUGAUGGCCCACAUAGACUUCCUCCUGCAGCAAGAUAAGGGAAGUGCCAGUAACAAGCAUUCAAAGGAUUAAGUGCUCUGAAGUGGACUGAUAUUAGCCUCACAAUAGUCCAGUGGCUAGGUGUUGCUCUGACAAGAAGGUGCAGCAGGCUAAGUGAAAUUAUGAUAGCGCUUUUUAUUAAUAGUCACAAAUUUUGAGUGUUCAUGAAAUAAAGAAGGGCAUAUUGCAUUUAACAAGACCAUACUCACUUUAAAAAUUUUAUUUCACUGUUGAGAUUAUUUUGAUAUUACACUUUUGCUUAAAUGUGAUAUUUUAUUUUUAUUACAAAAUAUGUCAGUUGUCACUUAGUAACUAGUAAGAAAAUAAAAUCUACAGAAGUUAAAAAAAUACUACAACAAUUUCUAAAAUUUAUGCUGGUCUUAUUUGACAACUAACUUCUAAGUCUUUUGAUAAAGGGGUUACCAAAUGUUGCAUGAGACCAGUUGCUAAUGUUACAGGGUUGUAGUCUGACAAAACCUAAUGUCAGAUAGUUAAUUCAUAGACAGUUUUAAUCUCUAGCAUAAAGAUAGAUUGCUACUUUCAAUGUUACUCAUUCAUAGAAAAGUCAGUUCAUAGACAAUUUUAAUUUCUAGCAUAGAAAUAGAUUGUUACUUUCAAUGUUACUCAUUCAUAGAAAAGUCAGUUCAUAGACAGUUAUAAUUUGUGGCAUAAAAAUAGAUUGUUACUUUCAGUGUUACUCAUUCAUAGAAAAGUCAGUUCAUAGUCAGUUUUAAUUUCUAGCAUAAAAAUAGAUUGUUACUUUCAAUGUUACUCGUUCAGAGAAAAGUCUGAAAGGACCCUGGUGUACCAUGCUGCCACCUGGUGGCUGUAGUGUCUGUGAUCAAGACCAAUUAUUAAAAUGAUGGCAAUUUUGAUUUUAAGCAUGAAGUCUUUAAAACUAGUUGAUAUGCAAGAUAUGCAAUUAUUAAAAUUUUAAAGACAUUUAUUACUUAAACAGCAAUAUUAAUAUCAAUUUCAGCUACACAGACUGCAUCAGUUUGAUUGUAAUUUGUAAUAAUUUGUUUUUAUUCUGUGUUCAAAGCUGAAGGGGCAGUUAGUGAUUUUUUUGUCAUUAGUCUUUCAGUUACAUGGCUUAUCUCAACAUCCCAACAAAUUGUUAUAUGCUUUUACCUCUACCACAAUGUCGAAUACAUUUCAAUAAUUACAAUGAUCGACAUCAUAACAAAAAUUGAAUAGUUGAAAAACUAUGGAAAUUUUGAACAGAUUUUAAGUCAAAGAUUCAUAUACCAUGGCAAUAUGCAUUGCUAUAUAUAUAAAAGCAUGUCGAUUGAAUAACUGUUUUCGUAAAAUAUUUAUAAUUUUGAAAGUAUACAAUUGUACAGUUUUUAUCAGUUAUGAAAGUCAUUGCUGUCAAAUUUAAAUAAUUUAUUUCAUCAUCCAUUUUUAAUAUCAGAAAUUUGUAUUUCAACCAUCAUGAAAAAUAAAAAGCAUUUUUGUCUCCUAAAAUGCAUUUAACUUAUCUCAUGAUCUGGUAUAUAACGUAUCUCACUAAGGAAGUUUACCUCAGAUGGCUCUCUUGCUUUUAAGAACCAUACAUUUUACUUUUUGCAGUUACAGUUUUCUACACUGGCCAGCUGCUCCUAUGCUAGGAGCACAUACCCUCUACCAGUGCCACAGAUUUAUUUUUUACCAGAUAUUGGCAGAUAUGUCUCUGAUUAAUUCAUGACAAUUUCUCCAGGCAUUGGACAAAAGUGCACAUAAUCCGUGGCCCUUUUAGAGAGUACUGAGCACGGGGUACACUGAAGCUGAUGGUCAUGGUGAUAACAGCAAAGAAUGGAUUGUAUAUUUUUAUUUUCAAAUUAUCUUUUAGAGCAUGUACAUAUAAUAGGUACAACCAUGCUAAACAGCUAUCAUACUAAAAUUUCAUCUCUGACUGUAAAUUACGACAAAUUUUACAACAUUUAGUAAACAUGCUGAAGACUAGCAAGUUUGUCUGCAAAGAAUGGGUAACUGUUUGUACAGUUUCAUGAUAUUAUUUUGGUUCAAAAUUUAGCGAAGAUUGUUUAUUUAACAUAAGAAAUAUAUCAUAAAAACACUUGCCUUUUUAUCAAUUUAUUUUGUACUCUUCCUGUCUUAUAUGAAAAUAUUACCAAA